AUGAGCUUGCUACGAGCCGCAGGACCUUCCUUCACAGGCAGUGGAGAGAAGUCCUUGGACCUCGAGCUCGCCCACCCAGACUUGAUGCGAAGCCAUGAUACCCACCCCGCCGACGGGAAGAGUGCUGUUGCUCUAGCUGCCCACGAAGAUGCUCGACAGAUCGUCCGCCUCGUCCAGUGCCCCCAAUGCUCGCGGCCUUUCCGCACUCCCGUCUCCCUUCCGUGCGGCCACGCCCUCUGUCGCCACUGUCUGCCCGAGUCCUUCCACCGCCAGAAUAUUUCAUAUCCCGCCACGCCUGACCGCCGUCUUGGCAUAAAAUGUCCCAUCCUGGACUGCGGCCGCGAGCAUCCCGUGGGCGAGUGCAAUGUGGACGUCACCCUGUCGAAAAUCAUGGAGCUUGUGGCCCACGUCAUGGACGAGAGUAAACCCGCCGCUGACGACUCGCCGACCAUGCUGGAAGUCAUACAAAAUCAUACCGCAGACACACCCAUGGAUGGUCUUGAGAAGGAAGGCCCGCUUCAGCGCACCACCAUCACGCUGCAUGGAGGCCGUCUCCUAGCGACCUACACCCUCGCCGACAUGGGCCAGUUGGACAUCACCUCGGAAGUUUCGUACAUUUCUUUGGCCGAAGACGGUAGCGAUUUCAGUGAAUUGGACGUCGCUGUGCUCGACCGCUUGAAGGAGGCAACGCACAAAGAGUUGGAUUGCCAUGUUUGCUACAAUCUCCUCCUGGACCCCGUCACCACUUCCUGCGGCCACACCUUCUGCCGGAAAUGCUUGGUCCGCGCCUUGGAUCACACCGUACAUUGUCCCGUCUGUCGACGCUCUUUGACUAUUCCACCUUCGUUGGAAGGUCAGUCCAGCAAUCACUGUCUGGUUGCCCUGCUGAACGCCUUGUGUCCUGAGCUUGUCACCAUUCGCGCCGAAGCAGUCGCCGAAGAAGAACGUGGGAUCUCCGAAUUGGAUACCUCGCUGUUCGUUUGUACUCUUGGAUUUCCAGCCAUGCCUACCUUCCUGCAUAUCUUCGAGCCACGGUAUCGUCUCAUGAUCCGGAGAGCACUGGAAGGCAAUGGUACCUUUGGCAUGCUCAUGUACAAUCGUUCUGGCGCCAACCAGGGUAGUCUCGGGCCGGUGCAGUUCAAAGAGUACGGCACCAUGCUACAAAUCAUCAGUGUCCAAAUGAUGCCAGAUGGCCGGAGCCUCAUCGAAACUCGAGGAACCACCCGUUUUCGGGUACGCGACCACGGCCUGCACGACGGAUACAUCAUUGGAAACGUCGAGCGAAUCGAGGAUGUCAGCCUUGCCGAAGAGGAACGCCUCGAGGCCGAGGACAUCAGGAAUGCCCAGGCAGCCCGUGAGACGCAACUGGCCGACGAUUCGCCGCAAGCAGGUCAUGCGCCUGAGCCAACCAUCGACAGCCUUUCCACUCGCGAGAUGCUCCUGAUUGGCGUUGAUUUUAUCGAAAGAAUGCGAGCCAACAGUGCCCCUUGGCUACAUCAACGCAUCCUAGAUGCAUACGGCGGCCCCCCGGAUGAUCCAGCAAUGUUUCCCUUCUGGUUCGCAAGUAUUUUGCCGAUAGCGGAAGAAGAGAAGUAUCUUUUGUUGCCGACUACAAGCGUGCGAGAAAGAUUAAAGAUCGUCGUCAGUUGGAUCAGGAGGAUAGAGUCUCAACGGUGGUGA